AGUGCCCGGCUCUCCGGAAGUGCCGGGAUUGCUGUAGGAGUAGCGGCUUUCUCGAGCGCUGUACCUGGUGGGUUGUAAUUCUAGGGUCCUGGUGACAGUGCAGGAGGAAGGUUGGAGCAGGGCGUCGGGGUUGAGCGGCGGGAUGAUGGAGGAGGAGGAACUGGAGUUCGUGGAGGAGCUGGAGGCCGUGCUACAGCUCACGCCUGAGGUGCAACUAGCCAUAGAGCAGGUAUUUCCAAGCCAGGACCCUCUAGAUCAAGCUGACUUCAAUGCUGUUGAGUAUAUCAAUACUCUGUUCCCAACAGAGCAAUCUCUGGCAAACAUAGAUGAUGUCGUGAACAAAAUUAGACUGAAAAUAAGGAGACUGGAUGACAACAUCCGGACUGUCGUAAGAGGUCAAACAAACGUGGGGCAGGAUGGAAGGCAAGCACUCGAAGAGGCCCAGAAAGCCAUACAACAGCUCUUUGGCAAGAUCAAGGAUAUCAAAGACAAAGCAGAAAAGUCAGAACAAAUGGUGAAGGAGAUCACACGAGAUAUUAAGCAGUUAGACCAUGCCAAGCGCCACCUGACCACCUCAAUCACGACACUGAACCACUUGCACAUGCUGGCUGGUGGGGUCGACUCCCUGGAAGCCAUGACCAGGCGCAGACAGUACGGAGAAGUUGCUAACCUCCUUCAGGGUGUAAUGAAUGUUCUGGAGCACUUUCACAAGUACAUGGGAAUCCCACAGAUCCGGCAGCUUUCUGAAAGGGUGAAGGCUGCACAGACUGAGUUAGGACAGCAGAUCCUGGCUGAUUUUGAAGAGGCGUUUCCUUCGCAGGGUACCAAGAGGCCAGGAGGACCCAGCAAUGUCCUGAGAGAUGCCUGCCUGGUGGCUAAUAUUUUGGACCCCAGAAUCAAACAGGAAAUCAUCAAAAAGUUUAUUAAACAACAUCUUUCAGAGUACCUAGUACUUUUUCAAGAAAACCAAGAUGUUGCCUGGCUGGACAAAAUUGACAGACGUUAUGCCUGGGUGAAGCGCCAGCUUGUGGACUAUGAAGAGAAGUAUGGUCGGAUGUUUCCCCGGGAGUGGUACAUGACGGAAAGGAUCUCAGUAGAAUUUUGCCAUGUGACGAGGACAGAACUUUCCAAAAUCAUGCGAGCCAGAGCUAAGGAAAUUGAAGUGAAAUUGCUUCUUUUUGCGAUUCAGAGAACAACUAACUUUGAGGGAUUUCUUGCAAAACGCUUCUCCGGUUGUACCCUGACAGACGGAACCCUGAAAAAACUGGAGUCCCCACCACCAUCUACCAAUCCCUUCCUGGAAGAGGAGACAGCACCAGAGAUGGAGGAGCUGGCGCUGGAGAAAGGGGAGCUAGAGCAGCCAAAGAAGCCCAAAGCCCCAGAUAAUCCAUUUCAUGGCAUUGUUUCCAAGUGUUUCGAGCCUCAUCUCUAUGUGUACAUUGAGUCCCAGGACAAAAACCUCAGUGAACUGAUAGACCGGUUUGUGGCAGAUUUCAAAGCCCAGGGCCCACCGAAGCCUAACACCGAUGAAGGGGGUGCUGUACUCCCCAGCUGCGCUGACCUCUUUGUCUACUACAAGAAGUGUAUGGUGCAGUGCUCACAGCUCAGCACUGGGGAGCCCAUGGUCGCCCUGACCACCAUCUUCCAGAAGUACCUCCGAGAAUACGCCUGGAAAACCCUCUCUGGCAACCUGCCCAAGACCAGCAGCAGCAGUGGGGGACUGACUAUCAGCAGCCUCCUCAAAGAGAAGGAGGGCUCGGAAGUGGCCAGGUUCACCCUGGAGGAAUUGUGCCUCAUCUGCAGUAUUCUUAGCACGGCUGAGUACUGUCUGGCCACCACCCAGCAGCUAGAAGAAAAACUCAAAGAAAAAGUUGAUGUAAGUCUGACUGAACGAAUUAAUCUCACAGGAGAAAUGGACACAUUCAGCACCGUCAUCUCUAGCAGCAUCCAGCUGUUGGUUCAGGAUCUGGAUGCAGCCUGUGAUCCUGCCCUGAUUGCCAUGAGCAAGAUGCCAUGGCAGAAUGUGGAGCAUGUUGGUGACCAGAGCCCUUAUGUCACUUCCGUUAUUCUUCACAUUAAGCAGAAUGUCCCCAUCAUCCGUGACAACCUGGCUUCCACACGAAAAUACUUUACACAGUUCUGCAUUAAAUUUGCAAACUCAUUCAUCCCCAAAUUCAUCACCCACCUCUUCAAGUGCAAGCCAAUCAGCAUGGUGGGAGCAGAGCAGCUGCUGCUGGACACCCACUCUCUGAAGAUGGUCCUGCUUGAUCUCCCAUCCAUCGGCUCACAGGUGGUGAGGAAGGCACCUGCCAGUUACACUAAGAUUGUCGUGAAAGGCAUGACCCGGGCUGAAAUGAUCCUCAAGGUAGUAAUGGCCCCUCAUGAACCGUUGGUAGUAUUUGUUGACAACUACAUCAAACUCCUUACGGAUUGCAACACAGAAACCUUCCAGAAAAUACUGGACAUGAAGGGGCUGAAGAGGAGCGAGCAGAGCAGCAUGCUGGAACUUUUUAGGCAGAGGCUCCCUGCCCCACCCUCAGGGACAGAAAGUUCCAGCACACUGUCCCUCAUGGCUCCAACACCAGAGCAGGAAUCAUCCCGCAUCCGAAAACUUGAGAAACUGAUUAAAAAGAGACUGUAAGGUAUAUACAGACACUGCCAGGGACCCUGAGCAACUACUUUCUGGAAACUCUCUCAGGACUCUAGGUCCUCUGCCUUGAGACCUCUGGGGUUUAUGGUUAUUAAAAUCUCUCUCCCAUACCCGGUCUUAUUCUGAAUGAAACUGGGUUAUAAAAAGGCA